AUGAGUAGAAUUGUUAAGGCUAUCGGAGAUGCUGUUUUAUCGCCAUCGAUAAGCAAACCUCUUUAUUCAACUCAUUAUCCAACAUCAUUUCUUGAAAAAACCUUCAUCACUGCUGGAUCAACAUUAAUUUCAGCAUUUUAUCCAUUGAGAACAGACAUGGUUGGAGCUUUGGGAGAAACAACAGGAACACCAGCAUUGGAAUAUGUUAGAAGCCAAAUGGUUUUAACAAAGGAAGGAAAUGAAAUUCUUAAAGAAAGACCAAAUAUUGAUGAAAGAGUAAAUCCAAAAUUUUGGGAAUAUAUUAGCACACUUCCACCAGAUACUUUCGGAGGAGCCUAUUACAAGUUCAUGUCAACUAAUGGAUUUGUUGCUAGUGAAAGACCUCCAGUUAGAUUUAUUGAUGACGAAGAAUUGGCCUUUAUUAUGUUCCGAUACAGACAAUGUCACGACUAUUUCCAUGUGUUGGCUGAUUUACCACCAUCUGUUUAUGCUGAAAUUAUUGUGAAAUGGAUUGAAUUUUUCCAAACUAGAUUACCGAUGACUUUAUUGUCAGGUGCUGCUGCACCUCUCACUCAACUAACUUUUGAACAACAAAAAGAGUUAGCUACUGUAUUUUUGCCAUGGGCUUUGGAUGCUGGAAGAAAUUGCAAAUUCUUGAUGGGAGUUUAUUUUGAAAAGUAUCAUUUGGAAAAACCUGUAGAACAAGUUAGAAAGGAACUCAAUUUUAGAAUUGCUCCUAGAAGUAACCUUGUGUAA